GACCCCUCGUGAGCUGGGGCGCCAGGAUGUCCCCACAGCCUUAGGCUUCUACGGUCCCAUCACUGUUGGCCUGAUGCAUGGGGUCCCAAUGCAGCACCUGGAGGUGCUAGGUCCGCUUUGUUGAGAGAAUAAGUGAAGAGCCGAGUCCGCUCGAAGGGGUCCUGAGAUGGUGCUGGGACAGACCCUGACAGUCCCGGGGGAGCUGUACCCCAGGAAAUACUGUUUGGUACACCUGGAGUGUGCAAGAGAGCUUGGGGGCGGGGAGGCGCAGAGCCAGGCUGGUGUCCAGGCCGGGAUGGGGCAGGGCAAGGCUCCCCUAGGGCACAGGAAGGGGCCUCUGGGCGGCAGCGAGGGAAGCAGGGCUCCAGGAGGCCACGAGAUGCUGAAUCUGCUGGUGCUGGCGCUGCCACUCCUGGUGAGCCUGGUCCACACGGCCCCCGCCCCAGGCCAGGCCCUGGAGCGAGCAGGCAUCGUGGGCGGAAAGGAAGCCCCUGGGCACAAGUGGCCCUGGCAGGUGAGCCUGAGAUGCCUCGACCAAUACUGGAAGCACUUCUGCGGGGGCUCCCUGAUCCACCCCCAGUGGGUGCUGACCGCGGCGCACUGCUUUGGACCGGAAAAGGCUGACCCCUUGUACAUCAGGGUCCAGCUGGGGGAGCAGCACCUCUAUUACCAGGACCGGCUGCUGCUGGUCAGCCGGAUCAUCGUCCACCCCAACUACUAUGACGAGGUCAACGGAGCGGACAUCGCCCUGCUGGAGCUCGAGGACCCCGUGAACCUCUCCAGCCACGUCCAGCCGGUCACCCUGCCCCCGGCCUCGGAGACCUUCCCCAAGGGGACACGGUGCUGGGUGACAGGCUGGGGCGACGUGCACAGUGGUUGGCCCCUGCCACCGCCGUAUCCUCUGAAGCAGGUGAGGGUCCCCAUUGUGGAAAACAGCGAAUGCGACAUGCAGUACCACCUCGGCCUGUCCACAGGGGACAACAUCCCGAUUGUCCGCGACGACAUGCUGUGCGCCGGCAGCGAAGGGCACGACUCCUGCCAGGGUGACUCCGGGGGGCCCCUGGUCUGCAGGGUGAAUGGCACCUGGCUGCAGGCGGGCGUGGUCAGCUGGGGCGAGGGCUGCGCUCUGCCCAACCGGCCUGGCAUCUACACCCGCGUCACCCACUACUUGGACUGGAUCCACCAGUGUAUCCCCAGGGAGUCCUGAGCCUGGUCCCUGGGUCUGCAAAGCCAGUCACCUCCUGCCCCCACACCACUGCUUCCUGCCGAGGUGGCUCCUCCUGCACCGUGCCUGGCCCCCCACCCUGAGUCCCCCUCCCACCGAGUGCCCCCUGCCCUGAGCCCCCCCCCUUGCCCUGAGCCCCCACACGUCUCGUCCCAGGGAGCGGGCCGUCAGCACGAUCACUCAUUAAAGAGCAUGGAAAGCA